AGGGAAAUUUUUCGUAGCUGGAGGUAAGACUACAAUCUGGUCGGUCGUACUAUCCACUUAGGACAUCAUAAGAGUUGCAGGGUCCUGUCGAAGGCCAGCCCUGUCGCGUGACACAUAAAGGUGGAGGGCAUGAAGACCUUCAUCCGCCGGCUUUCGUCGCGAGGCGAGGACGCGGCCUCGUCCCUCGCCUCCACUACGAGCGCUUCGAGCUUGGCCGAGUCGCAGCGGAACCCUCCGCAUGGGGGCGGAGCGAGCGGGAGUCGGGUGAGCCUUGGCAUGGCUUCGAAGGCUGUUGAUUUCUCAGCGGCUUGGAGCCGCAUUCACGCGACCUUGGACGGGUUGACUUCGGGGGAAGGCCUGCCGGCGGCAGAGGCCUCGUGGCUGGCCCUCUACACGGACGUCUACCGCAUUUGCACCAGUCCACCUGUUGGGGGACUCGGCGGGCCUCCUGCGGCAGCAGGGGCGGGGAUAGCAGGCAGUGGGGGAGGGGUUCAUCGGCGACUGUACGACCACUUGCACGACUUCUUGCAUCAGCAUUGCGAUGCAGUGGUGGUGCGUCUUCUCACGGCGGCCGAGUCUCACACGGCCUUCCAGUUUUUGACAUUGUAUGCAGAUUUUUACACAUUAUAUACGAAGGGAAUGGAGACCGGCGGGAAAUUGCUGGCCUACCUGGACCGGUUCUGGAUCACCAAGCACCACCACAAGAAGGGCAUCGACCCCUCCCAAGGCGUCAUGUUUAUCGCCGAGCUCGUCCCGCUCGUCUGGCGACAGCGUGUUCUCCGACGCGACAUUUCAAACUUGCUGCAGCGGGCCUUCAACGCCGUUGUGGCUGAUCUGCGUGCCAGCCCCGCCCCCCCCCCCCC